GUAGCGUGUACAAUUUGUAGUUAUGUCUCUUAAACGUAAAUUGGUUACAUUAAAAAUUGCUGAAAAAGUGAACAUUAUAAGUGAGGUGACAAAAAGUGGUAAACAGAAAAAAGUAAGCAAUUGCUAGCAAUUUAAUAUUCCACACAGUACACUUUCAACUAUUCUGAAAAAUAAAGACGAUAUUUUACAAAAAUACGAAACUAAUAAAGGGUCCAUGAAAAGAAUGAAGAUUUGUGAGUAUCCCGAUAUAGAGGUUAGUUUACUCAAUUGGUUUAUUCAAUGUAGAGAUUUAAACAUUCCAAUAAAUGGACCAAUUUUAAAGGAGAAGGCCGAAUUUUUUGCUACUAAACUCGGCAAUAAACAAUUUAAAGCUAGUCAAGGUUGGUUAAGCAACUGGAAAAUUAGGAAUAACGUCGUUUUUCGUAAGAUAUGUGGUGAAAACGCUUCAGUUGACCAAUCAAUAUGUUCUGAGUGGUUAGUAAAAUACCUACCAAUUAUAAAUCAAUAUUCCACCGAUGACGUUUAUAAUGUUGACGAAACAGGUUUAUUUUAUAAAUGUUUACCGAGUCAAACAUUUGUUUUAAAAGGAGAGAACUGUGCAGGGGGAAAAAACAGUAAAGAAAGAGUUACAAUUCUUUUAGGAUAAAAUAUGACUGGCACAGAUAAAAUUAAAC